AUGGCGACGUCUAGCGACGCUGGCUUCAUGAUGUCGGACGGCCCUGCGAGGCCGAUGGGCACCCCGAGGCAGCGCUCGCUCUAUCCUUCCUCCUCUGCCGGCAGGCCACGAGGUCCUCCCUCAGAGAAUACUGGCGCCCCAAGCGAUGACGAGGGCGAAGGGUUUGCCGACGAUCAGAUCCCCAGCAGGUCUCGACGCCCAGCCGACGGCUCGACCGUUCCCCGGGUCGAAGACCGCAUUGGCCUGCUGAUUCAAGAUCACUUCCAAACGUUCAUCGAGGGCUUCAUCGAAGACCCUGCUUCCUCUGGAGUCCCUACCUCCAGCGCCGUUACCACCGACAAAUACUACGUGGCACAGAUCCACGGUAUGCGCAACUAUGCGCUUUCGACCUUCUACGUCGACUACAAGCACCUUGCCUCAUGGCAGAAUGGUGGCCUGGCCGACGGUAUAAUGAGGCAGUAUUACCGUUUCCUCCCCUUCCUCACUGCUGGCUUGCACAAUAUGAUUGCCAAGUAUGAGCCUCAGUACUUCCGCGAGCACCGACAGCCCACUGCCUCGAGCAACCAGACUAGUUCAGGCCGCAGCAAUGCAGGCUCCGCUAGCCAGUCAGAUAUGAGCAGCAAGACGAGCAACCAGCAGACCGACAAGCUCUUCUCAAUCGCCUUCUAUAACCUGCCUCUCGUCUCGCGAGUCCGUUCUCUCCGGGCUGCAAACAUUGGCCAGCUGCUGUCUAUCUCGGGCACCGUCACCCGUACUUCGGAAGUACGGCCAGAACUUUCGUUGGCUACGUUCAUAUGCCAGGCCUGCAGGAGUGUCGUGCCCAACGUGGAGCAGACGUUCCGGUACACCGAGCCAACUCAAUGCCCAAACGUCACAUGCCAGAACCGCCAGGCCUGGCAACUAGAUAUCCGGCAAUCGACCUUCGUCGAUUGGCAGAAGGUACGCAUCCAGGAGAACAGCAGUGAGAUUCCCACGGGAAGCAUGCCACGCACAAUGGAUGUCAUCCUUCGUGGCGAGAUUGUCGACAGGGCAAAGGCAGGCGAGAAGUGCAUCUUCACCGGAGCUUUAAUCGUCGUGCCCGAUGUCAGCCAGCUGGGUCUGCCUGGGCUGCGGCCGACUGCCAUCAGAGACGACAGGAACGCGCCCCGUGGUGGCGAGGCUGGUGGUACUGGCGUGUCUGGCCUCAAGGCUCUUGGUGUGAGGGAUCUGACUUAUCGUCUUGCCUUCUUGUCGUGCAUGGUCUCGCCUGACAACACUAGCCUUGGAGCAGCGAAUGGAGGAGUCAACGAUAUCAUCGCUGCACUCACCCAAGCAUCUGCUGCAGACACUGCCGAAUCGAUGCAAGACGCCCAGGACGCAGUCUUGAGCUCUUACGGGCCCUCCGAGAUUGAGGAUCUGCGAAAGAUGGUGCACAGCGACCACAUCUACUCACGUCUAGUCACCUCCCUCGCACCGAUGGUCUAUGGCCACGACAUUGUCAAGAAGGGUCUGCUGUUGCAGCUGAUGUCCGGUGUGCACAAGACGACCCCUGAGGGCAUGCAACUGCGUGGCGAUAUCAACAUCUGCAUUGUCGGCGACCCAUCGACGUCAAAAUCUCAGUUUCUGAAGUACAUUUGCUCCUUUGCCCCUCGAGCGGUCUACACUUCUGGCAAGGCCUCCUCUGCUGCUGGUUUGACUGCCGCGGUGGUCAAAGACGAGGAGACCGGCGAGUUCACCAUCGAGGCCGGUGCUUUGAUGCUUGCCGACAACGGCAUCUGCGCGAUCGACGAGUUCGACAAGAUGGACAUCGCUGAUCAGGUCGCCAUCCACGAGGCUAUGGAGCAGCAGACCAUCUCCAUCGCCAAGGCCGGCAUCCAGGCCACUCUCAAUGCUCGGACGUCGAUCCUUGCUGCGGCGAACCCGGUCGGUGGCCGCUACAACCGCAAGACUACGCUCCGUGCCAACAUCAACAUGUCGGCUCCCAUCAUGUCUCGUUUCGAUCUUUUCUUUGUCAUUCUCGACGAGUGCAACGAGAAGGUUGACCGCCACCUGGCGGAGCACAUUGUUGGUAUUCACCAGCUGCGGGACGCGGCUGUCGAGCCCGAGUUUAGCACGGAGCAGCUCCAGAGGUACAUCCGCUUCGCGCGGACCUUCAGGCCCGAGUUCUCGGACGAGGCCAAGGAGGUCCUCGUGGAGAAGUACCGCGAGCUGCGUGCCGACGAUGCCCAGGGCGGCGCCGGCAAGAACAGCUACCGCAUUACUGUCCGGCAAUUGGAGUCCAUGAUCCGUCUGUCCGAGGCCAUCGCCAAGGCCAACUGCGUCGAAGAGAUCACGCCGGACAUGGUCGAGGAGGCCUCCCAUCUCCUCAGACAGAGUAUCAUCUCGGUGGAGCAUGACGACGUCGAGAUGGACGACGAGGAGGACGAGGGAGCCCUCGAAGAUGGCGCGGCGCUUCGCCGCGCUGCGGACGAGGCCGCAGGUGCCCCCGCCCCGGAGCGGGAGGCCUCGAUGGCCGACGAGGAUGACGAGGCUGCCGCCGGAGACUCUCAAGCCGCCAAGCGCAAGGUCACCGUCACCUACGACAAGUACAUCGCCAUCGUCAACGCGGUCGUGCAGCACGUCGCCGAGGACGAGACGGCCGGCGCCGGCGAGGGUGUCGAGAGCGACGCGCUGAUCGACUGGUACCUCGAGCAGAGGGAGGAAGAAUUGCAGAGCGAGGAGGACUACCACAACGAGCGGGCGCUCGUGGUCAUGGUGCUGAAGAAGAUGGUCAGGGAAAACAUUCUCAUGGCUAUCCGUGGCCAGAGCACGGAGGACGGCGAUGCGGCGUCGGGCGAGGGCUCGUCCGCUGUGGCGCAGAAGGUCGUGUACGUCCUGCACCCCAACUGCGCUGUCGAGGAGUUCUAG